UGCGAACAGCCCCGUCGUAUGGUGGACUUGAGCUCAUCAAGGGACCAACAAAAGUGCCGCAACUGCCCAGGGCGACGACAGGCGGUCGGCGCGGAGUCGUGGCAAGCGGAGCGCGCAGAUUCGACGAGGUUUGCGGGGCCGCCCACAGGACGGGGCCGCGAGCGAGGAUGGGGUGCGUGACGACAAAGGAGCCUCAAGAGGAGCCUGGCGAGCAGCCCAGGACGUCCGGGCCCCCCCGCGUCACACAAAUCACCACCAAGCAAGGUGAGGAGGGAAGGGGCCCGUACAGAGGCAGAAAUGAUGCCGCAUGCGAACUGAGGGUUGUGUGCGCGUGGCACUGGUGUGAGCAUGGUUCAGACUUUGAGGAGCAGGUCAAGAAGGCCGAGGCCUCCAAGUUGGUCGUAGUCGAUUUCUUCGUCCACCAUGCAAGCACAUCUCGCCGAAGGUUGAAGCAAUGAGUGGCGAGUUCACGGACGUACUCUUCUUCAAAGGUACACACUGACACACCGCACACGGCAUGCCUUGCAGUGUGUCGUGUGUGUCGUGUGUGUUGUGUAUGCAGUUGACGUGGACGAGGUUGCGGACCUGGCAGAGCACCUCGGGAUAAAUUCCAUGCCGGUACGUUUGGAGAGAUGGGAGGGGAACAAGGAGUGAGGGAGACAGGUGCGGUCGUUCACUCAUGCAUGAGGCUCUGCUCUUUGUGUUGUCUUGUUGCAAUGCAUCUGCCUCAGACAUUCCAAUUCUGGAAGGUGAGCUCAUGGACUAAACACGAGCGCCGUGCAGUAUGGCAUGUGUGUGUGUGUGUAUUUGUGUGUGGUCACUCACUCAUGCAGAGCGGCCAGAAGCUUAAGAAGGCGGAGUUCUCGGGCGCCAACGAGAAGAAGCUGCGGUAAGGGAUGCCUGAGCCAGUGCCUCACCUGCCGCCAUGUGUGUUUGCAGGAAGUUGAUUCAAGACAACAAGUGACCCAUGGGCCGGAUGCGGUCUGCCUAUGCUGAUUGAUUCGGAUCGUUUUUCGGGUCUGGCUGAGUUCGAAAUUGUAAUGGAUGGAUGAGUCAGUCAUUUGUGUGUGUAUGGCUCACAAAAUCAGGGUGUGGUGUGUUCGGAAAGGGCCGGUGUGGCUGUUGCCUGCACUGCAAUUUAGAGGUGCGGGGCUGAACUAGGGUAUGUAUGGGUCAUAAGGAAGGGUGAGGGCAGUCAGUCAGUAAUAAGACAGCAAGCGGCAUGGUGUGGCUGGACUGCUUUGUUCGUUGUCUGCCCGUGCACAUGUUGCACGGACAAGUCCAGACUGCCCACAAAACAAUGCCUUCGUAAGAGGUGGACCGGAUGAACGCAGUGUGAG